AUGGCGGAAGGAGGACAUGUACAUUCUGUACUUUUUGAGGGAACAGACGUCAAUGUUUAUGGCUCACCAGAAAAUUUACAAUUUUACCCUACUCCUUAUGAGGAUCCUGAUGGUGUAUAUUCAGCACAGUCAAAUUCCCUUUUCUAUCCACCACCAAUGCAACAAACUUUUUCACAUCAUCAUAAUUAUCAAUUUGGAGGUAGCACUGGAAGCCUUUUGAGUGCGUUUGGUACAGGCGGAUUUGCUGACGAACCACCUUUGCUUGAUGAGCUUGGAAUUAAUUUUGAUCAUAUAAAGACCAAGUGA